AUGGGGUGCCUGUGCUGUUGCUGCAAUUCCCCGAAGCACGACGAGGAGGGUAAAAAGUUCUCGAAAGGCGGAGACAAUGACUUGUCAAAUGGGCCGGUCGCAUCGCGAGGGUGUACAGACGUAUGGUGUUUGAUCGUUUUGCUCGCCGCCUGGAUGGCUUACAUCGUAGUGACUGUGGCAGGACGACUCCAAGAUGGAGCUCCAGCUAAGCUCUACCUUCCUCGCGACUACAGCGGGGCAUACUGUGAUUUCGAGCAAAACUGGAACAAUGGACCCAAUUUAAAGGGUUUCCCAUUUCUCAGCUACACAAUGAACGCCACAGCCACCACAGAUGUCAUCGUCAAAGCUUUGCUAUGCUCCAGUGCAUCGAGCGAUGCACUGCAGAGCUUGUACUCUGCAGAAGCGUACAACGAGUACCUCUGCGACUGCUGCCUUACUCCUUGUGCGAAAUGUGAAGGAAGUUUCGAUGUUGGUGGCGAUUUGGACCCCAGCAACUUGCAAGGGAGCAUCACAUCCAAGAUAGGAGAACUGAAGGGCGCAGCGAACCCGUCGAACCUGUUUUCAGGUGGCGGAGCAAACGGGGAUUUGUUCACAGAAAUGUGGAGCGAAGCCACGAAGUAUUUCAACAUGGUUUGCUUAACAUCCUGCAACGAAAACUUUGCAACUAUGAAUGCCAGCACGGAUACCAUCCGUGAAUGGACCUACACGAUGUCAGAAGACGACGACUUGAAGAAGCACUGGGAUGCUCUGACUGCCGGAGGGCCUGCCUUCAUCAAGGACUCCAUCAGCCAAUUCACCUUCAAGGCGCUCCCGGAGUCAAUAUGCCCUUACAACGCCUCCAAGUGCAUCCCCUUUCCUGGUGUGGAGUUUGGAGAGCUGUACGGUGGCUACUGCAGUUUCAAGAUGGGUGCAGAGGUGGUCGCAGCCAUGGGCCAAGCCGCUUCGGAGAUCUUCGAAAGUACGGGCCUUGAAACGAUCGGAAAGUGGAUGGGUGAUUUUGAGAAUUCGCUGCCGGCCUUCAUCUUGGUCGCACUCUGCAGCUUUAUCAUUGGCUUCAUCUACCUUGUGCUUCUACGAUUCCUCAUCAAGUUCUGUGUUUGGUUUGCCGUCUUCCUGGUAUUUCUUAUGCUCGUCAUUGGCGGCGGUCUUUGCUGGAUUCGUAGCAGGCAGUGUCAAGGUGCAGGCUUGCUGGAAACCGGGCAACAGAUGGCAGUGUCAAUCGCUGUCACUGCUCAGACAGCCGCAGACAAUGCGAUGUCCGGCACACAGGCAGUGAGUGAAGCCAUGACUGGAGACGGCGCAGAUUAUCGCGGCGUACAGACGCGCACAAAGAAUGGCUACCAGUGUGAACAGUGGGGACAAGGCAAUGCUGCCGCCUACAACAGCAGUACGUACCCAAACUCAGGCCUGCUGAACAACUUCUGCCGCAACCCGUAUCAGACCGGAUCUGCGAACGUCGCCGCGACCAUCUGGUGUUUCACCACUGACACCAGCGUCACGUGGGAGACAUGCUCACCUGUUGGUGUCAUCGCGCCUGAGUGCGCCGCGGGCUAUGCCAUCACGAACAACGAGGUCAGAAUAGUCCUGGAGGUUGUCGGCUACAUACUCUGGGUCAUCGCCGGCAUCUAUUUCAUACUCGUCUGCUGCCUUGUCGACAGGAUUCGGUUGGCGAUUGCUGUGAACCAAGUGGCUGCCAGCUUUGUUAAGGACACACCCAGGAUACUGAUCAUGCCAAUUCUACAAGCCAUGAUUGGGAUCCUGUGGAUCUUGCUCUGGGCCCUCUCGGCAAGCUUUCUGCUGUCACAAGUGCCGGAAGACUACACACCAAAGGAGGCUUUCACAUCCUAUGACGAAGCUUUUGGAACAGCGAAUGUUUCCGGCAAGUGCACGGACAAGUGGCCCACAGGUGGUGUUUGGAAAUCUGAGUCCUGUGAUUUGGUGAACGGGACCUACGCGUGCUGGAGAUGCUCUCCUCCGCGGUAUGUCUUCGACUGGCGAUUUGCGGUUUCCUUCUUUGUUUUCCUUUGGAACAACGCCCUGAACAUUGCCAUUGGGCAGUGCCUCAUCGCUGGUGCCGUCGGGAUAUGGUUCUUCACCUCAAACUCCGACAAAGGCACCAAGCGGGUCAUUGCGCAGUCCACAUGGAACGUGUUCCGCUAUCACUUGGGUUCGUUGGCCUUUGGCUCCUUCAUUAUCGCGGUGAUACAGUUCAUUCGCUACUUGAUGAAGUACUACGAGAAGCAAGCAAAAGCGGCAAAGAACCGGGUACUGGUUCUGGUCCUCAAAGUCUUGCAGUGCUGUAUUUGGUGCUUUGAGAAAUGUGUCAAGUUCCUGAAUAAGAAUGCGUAUAUUCAGAUCGCUUUGAUGGGUACGAACUUCUGCGUGUCUGCCAAGAAGGCCUUCUUCUUGAUUCUGAGAAAUGCCUUCCGUUUCGGAACUGUGGCAAUCCUCGGGACUAUGAUCCAUGCCAUCGGUUUCCUGUUCAUUAUCGCAUCCAGUGUAGCUCUGGGCUACCUCAUCUUGACGGGCCUCUAUCCUGAUAUUGCCCCUGCUGUCUGCCUCAUCAUCUACGGCUGCACAGCCUACGUUGUUUCCAAGCUCUUCAUGAACGUAUUUGGCCUUGCAGUGGACACAACGUUGCAGUGUUUCAUUGCUUGCGAGGAAAUGGAAUUGGGAGGCGACUUCGUUCCGAGCUCCAUGAGCAGAUGGCUGGACAAGUCCAAGCCCAUCGUAGAUGAGGAUGACUGA